AUGCAUUUCACUACUGUUGCCGUCGCUGCCCUUACAGGAUUCGCUCCUCUCAUCGAGGCUCACUACACCUUCACUCAGCUUCUGGUCAAUGGUGCCCCUGUUGGUAGAGACUGGCAGUACAUCCGCCAGCACACCAGGGGCUACAUGCCUACCAAGUACGGAGAAAUUCUUGAGAAUGACUUCCGUUGCAACACUGGCGCUGGAUCGGGUGCCAACACCGAGGUUUACACCGUCAAGCCCGGUGAUAAGAUCGGAAUGAAGCAAGGCUUUGGUGCGAACGGAAUUGAGCACCCUGGCCCCGCUCAAGUCUAUCUGAGCAAGGCUCCUAGCUCAGUCAAGAGCUACGAUGGCAGCGGCGACUGGUUCAAGGUCCAGCAAGACCUGCUCUGCAAGUCGGGUAAUGCUCAGGCCCUCAAGACCGAUGCAUGGUGCAUCUGGAAGAAGAACAACAUCGAGUUCACUGUUCCCAGCAACAUUUACCUCGUCCGCAGCGAACACAUCGCCAUCCACGGUGCCCACGACAAGCAAGCCGAAUUCUACUACUCCUGCGCUCAAAUCAAGAUUCAAGGAGGCAGCGGAAGCUCCGUCCCCACGGGUGUUAAGAUCCCUGGUGUCUAUAAAAUCGACGACAAGGCUAUCAACUUUAGCGUUUGGGGCUCUGCUACUACUUACCCUCAUUUGCCUGGCCCUGCUGUCGCUGCUGGCGGUUACACAACUGGCUCUAUCGAUGGCACAACUACUGGUACUACUACUGCUGGUGGUGCUGCUCAGGGUGGUUCUCCUGUUGUACAGGGCGAUUCCCCCGCUGUCCAGAGCGAUUCCUCCGCUGUUCAGAGCGACUCUUUUGCUGUUCAGGACGAUUCUUCUGCCGUCCAGAACGAUUCUCCAGCCGUUCAGGGUGAUUAUUCCGGAGCCCAGAGCGAUUCUCCUGCCGUGCAGGGCGGCUCUCCUGCCGUCCAGGGUGGCUCUCCUGCUGUCAGAGCUGGUGCUGCGGUCAACGCUGGAGCCAAUGCGGGAGCCGAUCCUGGAGCCUAUGGCGAGGUCAAAGGUCAGACAAACGGUCAAGCAAACGGUCAGGCCAAUGGUGGACAAUGGUGGAAGGGUCACUGGUCGGAUCACUGGUAA